CUCGACUUCACUUGAACAUUCCUGCGUGCGCAGUGACAGCCUGCUCCGCGCACUCUUCUCGGAAGGCGCUGCGCAAAAAGCCGAAAUCACUUCCGUGACUGUUUGCUCAACACUGCACCCGGCCACGCGACCAGCUUCCCGCGCGCUGGUAGCUGCUCGAAUGCGACUCAUAUCGAGUCGACCCUCGAUGAAGCUGUGAGACGACUCCGCCUCGCUCACGAUGCCUCCUCGCUACUUCAAAAACGAUGCGCCGCCUGCGCGACGAGAUCCUCGCCGCCAGCUCGAAGCCUCCCUCACGCGCCUGGUAACCGAACAUCCUCCUGCGAGCAUCAAACCCGGCGGAGGGCUCUUCAAGGGCCCUGUGUCCGUCGCCUAUGCCUUGCUCGUCCUGCAGGGCAUGUACCCGGACUUCGAGAUCGAGGGCCAUCCGCUCGGUGUUUGGAGUGCUGCCUACCUGAAACAUGCGCAAGAUCAUUUCGCUACGUAUCCUGGACCUUCGAUUGGCAAAUGUGGUAUAACGGACGAUAUUCUUGCUCUCCUUGCGAUUGGGGCUGCGAGCUCGAAAGAUGCAGACAUGGCCUCCAACCUUUGCGACUACAGCGCAGAAGCACUAGAAGAAGGAACCGAGAACGAGCUGCUAUAUGGGCGUGCGGGAUACCUCUAUCUACUUCGACUGAUCAAGGCGAGCUUCGUGGAUGAUGAGAAAACGUUGCAACUCAUUACAGACACGCAAGACGACGUUGUGGAUGCGAUACUAGAUUCUCCACGACCAUGGAAGUGGCAUGGAAAGGCAUACAUUGGGGCUGUGCACGGCACAAUGGGAAUCAUCACACAGGUCGUGUUGACGAAUCCACAGAAAUACGCCCCGAAAUUGGAAGCUGAGCUGGCAGUGCUGCUUACUUACCAGUAUGAUUCUGGGAACUUCCCCAGCAGCGUGCCACCUGAGCGAGAUCGUCUGGUGCAGUUUUGUCAUGGAGCUCCAGGUGUGAUCGCAAGUUUGGAGUCGAUCAAGGAGUAUUUCCCAAACCUGAAGGAUCGUAUUGAGAAGGCCAUCACGAAAGGCAGAGAGUGUAUUCUCGAGCGCGGGCUUUUGACCAAGGAGCCUUGCUUGUGCCACGGCAUCAGUGGCAACGCAAUUGCGCUGGAAACCCAAGAUUUUGAGCAUUUCCUGACGUACACGACCGGGCACGAGAUGAAGUCCAUGGAGAAGGAUGGUAUGCUAGAAAAGUCCUCAGCACCGGAAUCUCUGUUCCAAGGCGAAGCGGGAAGAGCGUGGACUUGGGCUGUCAGUGAGAAGAGCUUGCCAAAGAGAAUCCUGGGCUACAAUGACUUGUGAUGCCUUAGCAUCAUGCAUGAUUCACGAUCACGAAGCAUCUGAUGGUUACGAAUGGGUAAUGGUUGUCUGGAGGGAAAUGGCGCACAACAUCAUUUGAUGCUGCAUCAUGGCGCUCGUGGCAUUGCUCUGCAGUCCGCAACCAAAACGACAGUGAAGACGAUACGCAUAAUGAAAUCCGUCAAUUUCAAGAUGCUGCGUCAUUGCGUCUGCCAAUGCUUCAAACUGUUCCACACUGACGAUUUGGUAGCCGGCAACAAUUUGGUCAUCCUGACAUGCAUUCCUUGCCCUGUCCGCCGGUCUUGGCAACAGCACAACCUGGAUUUGAGAACAAAGAGAUGACGCCCAGAAAACGCCAAAUGCGAACAGAAUGAGUGAGGUCAACUACGACAGCGUCAAGUGACUUUGCAAAAAUUCCCCCUCUUCGUGUGCUGGUGUUGGAACAAACUUACUGCGCUUUCCCAACCGAAGUGUCGCCAACGCCCCAACUACCAAUCAGCUAGCCACAGAUUUGCCAAUUGGAAUGUUGGCCCAUGCAGAAUCAAGCAAUAGCGGUCUACCAACACCACCA